AAAACGGUGAACAUGAAAUAAAUGCCACGGAAAUGUUGUCCUUGACAUUGCGAGAGGCAGUUCAGCAAAUAAAGGCUGGAAAGAUAUCAGCAAAGGACUUGUGCGAGAAGUGCAUUGAAAGAUCAUCUGCAGUGAAGGAACUGAAUGCAUAUGUCACCAACACUCAUGAUGUAGCCAGGCAGCAGCUGGUUAAAUCUGAAAACAAACCUUUGAAAGGUGUACCAGUAGCUAUCAAGGACAACUUCUGUACCAAGAAUAUUAGGACAACAUGCAGCUCCCACAUGUUGGAGAAUUAUUUCCCCCCGUAUACAGCCACAGUUGUGCAGAGACUAUUCGACAAUGGUGCGGUUAUGAUGGGGAAGACAAAUAUGGAUGAAUAUGCAAUGGGAUGUGGAAGCAUAGACAGUAUACAUGGUCCAGUGAGAAAUCCUUGGCGCUAUAGAUUCCGACAAAAACAAGCUGAUUCUACACCAGAGAUGAGACAAGAGGUCACUGCAAACAAAAAUGAAAAGACCAUGCAUGGAACCAGAAAUAUUCACACCUCAACUGGGAACCAGUCAGUACAGGAAGUGAAGGAUAUGGGAGAAGAUGAUUGGUUCAUUGCGGGAGGAAGUUCAGGUGGCAGUGCAGUUGCCGUGGCAACAGGAACAUGCUUUGGGGCCCUGGGCUCGGACACUGGUGGUUCAGUGCGAAAUCCAGCAUCUUACUGUGGUGUGGUUGGGCUCAAACCAUCAUAUGGGCUUGUGUCUAGAUACGGACUCAUACCUCUAGUGAAUUCUUUAGACGUUCCCGGGAUAUUUGCAAAAACUGUGGAUGAUGCGGCUUUGUUAUUAAAUACAAUAGCAGGCCAUGAUGUUCAAGACUCAACAACUGUCACAGACACCUUCAAUCCUGUUAGUCUUGAAGAUGAACCAUCAUUACAAGGUCUCCAUAUAGGUAUACCUAAGGAAUACUAUGCCCCGGGUCUAUGUGAUGAGACUCACCAAGUUUGGUCAGAAGUGGCAGACAUGCUAGAAAACAACGGCGCUAAAGUUACCCAAGUGUCUCUACCCCAUACACAGUACUCUAUAACUUGCUAUAGUGUCCUGUGUGCGUGCGAGGUGGCCUCAAAUAUGGCUAGAUAUGACGGCAUUGAGUUUGGUCACAGAGCCGAUAACAUGGAGUCCACUGAGGCACUUUAUUCUCAAAGCCGACAUGAGGGCUUUAACGAUGUUGUCAGAGGUCGGAUAUUUGCCGGAAACUUCUUUUUACUUAGAAAAAACUAUGAACAGUAUUUCAAAAAGGCACUUCAAGUUCGCCGCCUUAUCACAGAAGAUUUUAACAAGGUGUAUAACUCUGGCGUAGACGUUCUCCUCACCCCUACCACGUUGACAGUGGCCCCUCAAUACAGCUGGUUCCAAAAGGCAGAUAAUCGCACACGGACAGCUGAACAAGAUGUGUUCACACAGCCUGUUAAUAUGGCAGGGCUGCCAGCAGUGACCCUACCAGUGAAACUGUCUGCCAGUGGUCUACCAAUCAGUCUACAGGUCAUAGGUCAAAGGUUUAAGGAUCAUCGUAUGUUGAAUGUUGCCAAGUGGAUUGAAAUGAACAGUGACUUUAGAAGACUUGAUUUAAGCUUUCUAGACAAUUUGUGAUACCUUUUUAUGAUAUGUAUAUUGUUUAGGCAAAAUUGUUUAUGUAUGACCCCAUGCUCAAGGUCAUAUGUGAAAGGUUCAAGUAUAAGCGUUUGCAGAGUGUUCCAAAGCUGAUUGAAACAAACAAUGACAUUAAGAAACUGGAUUUAAAAAUUCUAGACAGUUUGUGAUAUAAAAAUAAUAAAUGUAUGACUUCAACUCUUCAAGGUCAUAGGUCAAAGUUCAAAGAUCCGUUGGAGGUUGAAGGUGUAGCAGAUUGAACUUGAUGAUGGCUUCAUAGCCUGGUUUCAAUUUUUUUUAAAUCCUAUAUUUAAUCAUAAUUUAAAAUAUUAAAUCACUUUGUAUGACUUUAAGUCACAGUCGAGAACAAUUAUAUGUUAGACGCAAAAUGGAUUAAAUUGAAUGUAGGUUUUUAUGCCACAAGAAGAAGGUAUAUUUUAGUUGCACUGUCCGUACCUUUGUCCAAUCAUGUCUCAGCUGUAAAUUACUCUUUUUUUUCAAAUUUCGAACUUGUCAGAAAUGUACAACAGCUUGGGAAGGUAUGAUACAUGCUCUUGCCUCAAAGGUCAAGGUUACACUUAAGAGGUCAAUAAGCUAUUACUUAUACAAUGCCAAAAUCGGGGACAUUUGUCAUGUUUCUGUAACAGCUCAUUUAUAGACAUUUGAAAUAUGUUUGAUAAACAUGAAAAGGGAUAAAAAUAGACUCAUAAAAACAGUGACAGUUUUGUUAAACUGUCUCAAACUCCAUUUUGUAUAAAAAUAUAAGUUAUGUUUUAAACUUAACAUGUGAAUGAAAUUGUAAUUGAUAAAUAAAUUACAUAAGUUUUC